CUCCCUCCAAUCCCGAUAUAAUCCCGCAUCCCCGGCGCCAGCGAGCGGAGAGAGCGGCAUCAGCGGAGGCUCCUGGGCUCUGCCUCCUCCGGGGCCCCUUCUCUCUCUCUCUCUCUCUCCUUCCUUCCUUCCCUCCCUCCCCGGUCCAUCCAUUUCGUUCUUCCCGGCCGCUGCCCCCCUGGACGCUGCCACCCUGAAGUUUCUGGUGGUGCUGCUGGCCGCCGGGAUGCUGGCCUUCCUCGGGGCCGUCAUCUGCAUCAUCGCGAGCGUCUACCCGGCGGGAGGCAGCCGCGGGGGAGGAGGAGGGCACCCCGACAAUGUCUCCAGCCCCGGAGGGCACGAUGCCAGCGCUGCCGCCCUCCUUCCCGGCGCGGACAAGACCCUGGGCGCCCUCCACGGCCACGGAGCGGGGGGAGGAGGAGGCGGCUCCCCGGACGCCUUGCUGGACCUGCUGGCCAGCGCCCGUCCCCGCCAGGAGCAGCACCAGCAGCUCUUCAGCCGCUUCCUCUGCACGCCGCUGGCCUCCGAGUGCCCCUCCGAAGGCGGGCCCCAGGGCGACGGGCCGGGCCUGCCUGCCUCCGCCAGCGAGGAGCUCUUCUUCCUCCAAAGCACCGCCGAGCAGCUCCGCCAGACGGCCCGCCAGCAGAAGGAGCAGAUCCGCACCGACCAGGAGACCAUCCGCGAGCUCACCACCAAGCUGAGCCGCUGCGAGAACGGGCUGGAGAGGGGCUUCCAGGACGACGACGGAGGCGCCAUGCGGGACCUGCCCUGGGACUCGCCCGCCCUCGUCCGGGAGCUCGAGGAGGCCGUCCGCGCCCUCAAGGGACGCAUCGACAAGAUCGAGCAGGACAUCCCCACUCGAGUGAAUGCUUCAUCCACUGCUGCCCCUGUGGCCCAGCAAGAGGCUGUCCAUAGCAAGAUGGAGGAACUGGAGGAGCAGCUUCUAACGAAGCUUUUGGCUUUGGAGAAAGAACGCUCAUCCAUCGUCAACAACCAUGACCAGGAGCAGCAGCAGCAGCACGAAGUGGAGAAGGAGCUGGAUGCCCUUCAGAACCGGGUUUCUGAGCUGGAGCAUGAAACGCCAACCAGCUUCAACCCUCCUGGAGCUUUCAAAAUCUCUAUUCCUGUCCGAAACAACUAUAUGUACGGCCGGAUAAAGAAGAGCUUGCCUGAACUGUAUGCCUUCACAGUCUGCCUGUGGCUAAAAGCCAAAGGCCCAGGAGCGGUGGGCACCCCUUUCUCCUAUUCAGUACCUGGACAAUCGAAUGAACUUGUAUUGCUGGUGUGGGGACAUAACCCCAUGGAGCUGAUCAUUAAUGAUAAGGUGGCUCUUCUGCCUAUGACUCUAAAGGAUGGAACAUGGCACCACAUCUGUAUUAACUGGAUCACGCGGGAUGGCAUAUGGUCAGCCUAUCAGGAUGGUGAGGAGCGUGGCGCCAGUGAGAACUUGGCAUCUUGGCAUCCAGUCAAACCGCACGGAGUGCUAAUCUUGGGCCAGGAACAGGAUACAUUGGGUGGAAGAUUUGAUGCCACUCAGGCCUUCGUUGGUGAAAUUUCCCAGUUCAACCUUUGGGAUCGUGUUCUGACGCCAGCAGAGAUUGUGGGUCUGGCCAACUGCACCAACCACCUUCAAGGCAACAUCAUCCAAUGGGACGAAAAAACGGUGGAGGUCCACGGUGGGGCAACCAAACAACGCUUCGAGAUCUGCGAAGAGAAGAUGAAGGCAUGAGUGGUCCUGCCCAAGGCAAAGCAUAUGAAAGCUAUUCUUCAGACUGUUUAAGGAAUGAGUCAGCAAGGGGUCCCUUUCCCCCCUAAACACACACAAUGUUGACAUCUGAAUUGGUCUAAGGAGGGACUCUGUGUGUGGAUGUGUGCAUGUAUGCAAGGGAUAAGGAAACCUCCUGAAGUUCAAAGAAAUUGUGACACUGUGUGUUUUUUCAUUGUUUCAGUAAACUUCUUUCUGAUUCAUAA